GAACAUAGCUAGUCGCGUCCGUCAAGUUCCUCAGUUUGACGGAUUGAAGGGUGUUUUUCCGUAGCUUUCCAAGGAAAAUCACAUCAGAGUGAUGAUUUUCCUGCUCUAGAAGCAGUCAUGAGUGUGUCAAUGAAGUCUCUGAUAAGUUAUCUAGUGGUAGUUCUACUAGUCAUUUUAGGGCAUUUCUCAGCUGGAUCCCGUGUCAUUGAGCUCAGCGAUAGAUUUCUGGACGUGAGACAUGAGGGUCAGUGGUUUGUGAAGUUUUACGCUCCAUGGUGCGCCCAUUGCAAGCGCCUCGAGCCCAUUUGGUCUCAUGUCGCCCAGACGCUAUACAACACAAACGUCCGGGUGGGCAAAGUGGACUGCACGCGGUUCACGAGUGUGGCGCAGGCCUUCAACAUCAACAGCUUCCCCACGAUUAUGUUCCUGAAGGAGGGCGUGGAGUUUCUCUAUAACGGCGAACGCUCCAAGGAUGAACUUAUUCACUUUGUGAUGCGCAUGUCGGGUCCGCCGGUGCAGCUGGUCACGCGCACGGACAGCGUGGACAUGCUGAAGGCCAGCCAUCCGAUCUUCUUCGCCUUCGUGGGUCGCCAGGAGGGCCUCUUGUGGGACACUUACACCGCCGUGGCGGAAUCCUUCCAGGCUCACGGCUUCUUCUACGCCACAUCCGUCGAAAUCGCUCGUGAACACUUCGACAUCGACGUUCUGCCCGCAGUGAUUGUAUACAAGGAGAGAAGCCACUUUUUCUACCCUCUGUCUGGUGAGCUUCCGGCUGUGGAGCCCAGCCACAUGAACAGGACGCUACACAUGUGGGUGAACGAGGAGCGCUUCUCACUCUUCCCGAAAGUCACGCGCAGCAACAUCAACGAAUUGAUGUUGACUCGGAAAUUCCUUGUGUUGGCGGUGGUGGAGGAAAACCGCCUGGCGGAAGUACAGGCGCACGAGCUGGAGUUCCGGGACAUGAUUGAGGGCAUCAUCAGGACGCAGCACGAGCGCUGGCACUCGCGUUUCCAGUUUGGGUGGAUCGGCAGCCCGGAAUUGGCGCAUUCCAUCGCCAUGGACACACUGGCCACGCCUCACUUGCUCGUGCUGAACUCCACCACGUCUGAGCAUCACAUUCCCGAUGACGAACCACUGAAACUCACAGCAGAGGCUGUACAAGUCUUCCUGGAGCACAUCCACAACCAAAGUGCACCGGCUUUCGGCGGCAAUUCGCUGCCGGUGCGUUUGUACAGGACAUACUUCGAGGCGAGGAGGAGCUUGAGUGAAAUGUGGCGUGGAAAUCCAGUGCUGACGUCUGUCCUGUUCGGACUGCCGUUGGGUUUCUUGUCACUGAUUGUGUAUUCCAUCUGCUGUGCCGAUAUCCUCGAUGCAGACGAUGAGGAUACGGAUGCUCACGAGAAGAACGAGUGAAGAGCGAUGAGAGGAUUUAUUGAAGCUAGUCAACUUGAGAUCUCACCAGUCACCAGGCCUCGGAAGAGGAUUUUAAAGGACGCUCAGUUGAAGAAUUGACCGACGAGUACUAAAGUCAAUCUAUUCCCAAUGUUUUGUCAAGACAAAUCAAAAUCAACAGUAUUAUCAAUAGAAAACUCGAAUAUCUGAGCUUAAAACUAAACAAGAACUGAAAAAUCACCGGUUUCACACGCAAUCGUCCUUUUGAUAACUCCGAAUCAUUUUAUGCGCACCUUUCGAUG